ACCAAAUACUCAACGUUACGCAAAUCUAAAUUGUGCGAUUUUUGCACCGUGGAAGCCGCAGCUGGCUGUUGGCUGUGGAGAUACUCUUUUUGGGUAGGUUCACGUGCUUUUGUGUUUUUCGUGCAGUCCGAAGAAAUGUCCGUGAAAGUGGUAGCUAACGCAAAGCAUGUAUUCCUCUCGAGAAACCUGGCGCAAUACCAGCGAAACCCUCUGCUCUACUCAACAUACAGAGGAAUUUUCGAUUUUACACCAAUAACGAAAACACGACGUGAAUUUACCCAGAAGAAGCUGGUUGGAUAUUCAAUGCAACAGCUGUACUCCGUAGUGGCCGAUGUGGAAAAAUACAAUACUUUUGUGCCAUUUUGUAAAAAAUCUUUCGUGUACGACCGAAAACCGGGCUCAUUAAAAGCGGACCUUAUCAUCGGAUUCCCACCGCUGAACGAAAGCUACACCUCGAACGUUACCCUCAUAACACCUUCCCUCGUCAAGGCGGAAUGUGUUGAUGGUCGGCUGUUCAACUACCUGUUGACGGCUUGGCAGUUUAGUCCGGGGCUGAAGGACAUCCCGCAAUCGUGCGUCAUUGAUUUCAUGGUAUCGUUCGAGUUUAAAUCGCUACUACACUCCCAGCUUUCGAAUCUGUUUUUCGAUCAGCUCGUAAAGCAGAUGGAAUAUGCCUUCAUAGACGAAGCGGAGACGAGAUACGGGCCACCGGCAAUCAAGAGCCACGUGCUGGUAUCGAACAAAUCGUGACCCAGAACACUGGACAAAGAUGGUAAACGGGUAGGGAAAUCUUA